AUGAAGGGCUCAUCGAAGACGAGCAUCAGACGCGACAACGCCGAUUUCAAUUACGCCGUACAAGUGACUCGCUUGAUCCUGCGAGCGAUCGGCGCGUGGCCGAUCCCAAGUUACGCUUCCAAUGUGGAAAGACUCGCGACCCGCCUGCAAAACGUCAUUUGCUACUUUCUGUUCGCGUUCAUCAUCGUGCCGGGCCUCCUGCGGGUGUUUCUGAAGGAGCACGAAUUCAAGCGUAGGGUCAGGCUGCUCGCGCCGCUGCUGAACUGCUGGAUGGGUUGCUUGAAGUAUUUCCUGCUCAUAAGCCACGCGAGGGAGAUUCAGUCGUGCCUGGAUCAGGCGCGGCAGGACUGGAACAACACGGUCAAGGAGACCGAUCGCCAGGCGAUGCUGUCCACUGCCAGGGUAGGUCGGAAGUUCGCGAUCUUCUCCGCCGUCUUCAUGUACGUCGGCGGUCUGUCCUAUCGCACCCUCGUGCCGCUCUCGAAGGGCAAGAUGCUCACGCCGAUGAACGUGACGGUGCGAGCGCUCGCGUGCCCGAGCUACUUCAUCAAGUUCGACGGCCAGGUCUCGCCGGCGUACGAGAUCGUCUUCACCCUGCAGUUCUUCGCGGGCCUGAUCACGUACUCGGUGAGAGUCGGCGCGGCCGGCCUCGCCGCGUUCUUCAUCAUGCACGUUUGCGGACAACUGAGAAUUAUAAUGGGCAAGCUGCAGUGUCUCAACGACAUGCCGAAUCCCAACGACCGCGCUGUCGCGAUGUUGCUGGCUGAUAUCGUACGGCAUCAGAUAAAAGUGAAAGGUUUCCUGGUACAAGUAGAGGAAACUAUGCGAUAUGUAUGGUUAGUGGAAAUAAUGGGCUCUAGUAUACUCUUAUGUCUUUCGGGGUACUACAUUAUUAUGGAAUGGCAGAAUAAUGAUUCAACUGCCAUGUUAACUAUGUCUGUGAUGCUUACAUCUUUCACCUUUUCUAUUUUUACUAAUUGUUACGUGGGUCAACGGUUGACAGAUCAGAGCACCAAGGUUGGAUUAAUGACGUCCACGACAAGAUGGUAUCGUCUUCAGUGCAAAAGGGCCCGUUCUUUAAUCCUGGUAAUAGCAGUUUCCAAUAUUCCGGCGAAAAUCUCGGCAGGCAGAAUGAUAGAAAUGUCCCUACCUACAUUCCUUAACAUUGUUAAAACAUCGAUGGCGUACUUCAAUAUGCUUGUGCACAGGCUGAUCCUGGGACUGAUCGGCGUGUGGCCGAGCCUGGAGAAACCGGGGAGACUGACGAGAUUUCUGAGGGGACUCCUCAGGACCGCGUGCUGCUUCAUGCUGUCCUUCAAUGUGAUACCGUGGGCGCUGUACAUGUUCCUGAUCCUGGACACGUUCAAGAGCCGGAUCAGGAUGUUCGGCGCGCUCAUGUUCUACAGCAUGGUGCCGGCCAUGUACUGCGCGCUGAUAUUACGGGAGGAUCGGAUCAGGAAGUGCAUGAAGCACCUGCAGGAGGACUGGUGGAACGUACGGGACGCGAAGGAUCGCAGGAUAAUGCUGGACAAGGCCAGGAGCGGGCGUUUCAUCCUCAUCUGCACCACGCUGUUCCUGUUUCUCAGCGGUUUCACUUAUCGCCUGAUCCAGCCGAUCUUCCGCCGCAAGAUCGUGAUCGGGAACGUGACGAUCAGACCGCUGGUGCAGGGCAACUACUACGUCUUCUUCGAUCCGCAGCAGAGCCCCGCUUACGAGAUCGUGUUCUCGAUGAACUUGUUCACCGGCAUCAUCAUAUACACCGUGACGACCAGCGUCUGCGGGAUCACCGCGUUGUUCACCAUGCACGCGUGCGGGCAGCUCGAGGUGUUGGCCGCCUGGCUGGAGAAUUUGACGAACGAGGACCAGUCGAAAGAUCGCGCCGUCGCUCGAAGAUUGGCGGCGAUCGUAAUGCAUCACGGAUGGGAACGAAAUGAUGCACUAUCCUCUACAACGUAUGGCAUAAUGCUCGUAUCCUUUACCUUCAAUAUUUUUAUAUUAUGUUACAUUGGGGAAGUUUUAAAUAGUCAGGGGAGUAAAGUAAACACAACUUGCUGCACGAUCGAUUGGUAUUGCUUGCCUAGUAAAGAAACUCGUUAUCUUAUCUUAGUAAUCGCCAUGGCCAGAUAUCCUACGAAGCUCACGGCGGGUAAAGUGAUCGAUCUUUCAUUCAACAGCUUCGGCGCCGUGGUUAAGACAUCGGUUGCUUACUUAAACAUGCUACGUACAUUAACUACAUGAAACUUGUCCGA